AUGGAUGCUCCGUCAGAUAAGUUGAGAAAAGGUGCAUGGACUGCUGAAGAAGAUAGUCUCUUGAGGCAGUGCGUUGAUAGGUAUGGAGAAGGAAAAUGGAACCUAGUUUCUUCGAGAACUGGGCUUAUGCGGUGCAGGAAGAGUUGUAGACUAAGAUGGUUAAACUACUUGAAGCCAAGUAUCAAGAAAGGAAAACUUAGCUCUGAUGAAGUUGAUCUUCUUUUUCGCCUUCAUAAGCUUCUAGGAAAAAGGUGGGCCUUGAUUGCUGGUAGAAUACCUGGUCGGACCGCUAAUGACAUUAAAAAUUACUGGAACACCCAUUUGAGUAAGAAUCCAGACCAAUCUUGUAAGACCAAGAUGGAAGCAGGAAACCCUACUGGCUCAGCGGCCACACCAGCCCCAAAAAUCGAUGUCAUAAAGCCUCAACCUCGAUCUUUCUUCAACAACAACGGUCUCAGCCUCGUCAAUGCCAUGCCAGAAGUUGACAUAGAUAAUAGUAUCACAUGUAACAAAGAUAAGGAGAAACAUGAGCUUGUGGAAAAUGUAAUGGAUGGAGAUAGUAUGUGGUGGAAGAGUUUGCUGGUGGAGACCGGAGGGGCAGGUGCGGUACUGUUUCCGGCAGCGAUGGCAACUGACGAGGCAGGUACUUCUUUGAUGAACUCAUCGUCGUCAAAGUUUGAUUUUGGCCAACUUUGGAGCUUUUUCAAUGAAGAUACUGGGGAUCAGCUUGAUUAG